AUGCUGUUUCUGCUCCUUCUGGGCUUCUUCUGCGGCAUAUGGUCUCGAAAUACAAGGGAUCCGCAUGGUGGCAAGCCGCUAUUUGCCGGCCCGUUCCUCGAAAUUCCUCAAGGAUUCAAAAACGGCGAACAUUUGGAUAUUUUCUUUUUUACAAAGAGUCCAAUGUUCGAGAUGAGACUAGCAGAAAAGCCGUACGAUGGCUACGGAUUUUCGACGGCGCUGCUGAUCCAGAUUGUGGGCGAGGGAAGCGACUUUUGGAUGCAUUUGAAUCGUAGAAAAGGAGCUGCUAACCACUGGCCGGAGAGUGACAUCCGAAAAAUGGCACGCUUUGACUGGGAUUCGGGCUGUGGAUGCUAUGCGGGGAAAAUUGGGCUAUACAAAAACAGCGCCGGGCAGUUCCGGAUCACAUCUACCUUCCAGCAAAGUGACAUCAACUACCCAGCGCAUGAGGAAGAGCUCAUUAAAACCUACGUUGUGAUAACCCAUCCGGCGAUCGUGGCUAUAACUCAUCAAUCAGUGAAGGGCCGAAUCACGAGUCUGAUGAUGACGCGCGGGAAGGAUACCCCAAACCCAUCCGACCAAUACAUGAUCGAGAAGAUUCGCAAAUGGGGCCAAGGACGUGCUUUUCAAAUGCACUUGGUCCCGCAUUUCCCACUCUACGAUGCGAUGCAUUUUAAUCAAGGCGAUGGCGAUCAUGGGCCUCGUCUCGAUCGAGACCUUGCGUUUACCUUCGAGUUUGACGUCAAGCAACAGACGGCAAUAUGGGGAUUCCGGGAAAAGGGUAUUGACUACGCCAUGGUGACCAAGCGGCUGCCCAGCACGCAUGAGGGUACCCAUGACCUGUGCUUCCGGAUGGGAAUUCGCAGUGAAUGGAUCCGGGAUUGGGUGGCUGAUCACAUGCUGCCGAGUGGAUAUGAACCCGCGUGGCCGCUUGAAGAUUGGCGACGCAAGAAAAUUGCCGUUUCUAAUGAAACGCUG